AUGCAAUUCAGCGUCUUUGAACCUCAAUACUAUCGUCGUCCUCAGUACUCAUAUGAGGACAUUGUCUCUUACUUGGCUCAACAAGAAUAUGAGAAUCAAUUGGCUGAGGAGUACAGACGGCGUCAGAUUAUUGCCGCUCAAGAGGAAGCUAAGCGACAGAGAUAUCUUGAAUAUUUGCGAGCGCAGGAAGAGCGAAGAAUCGCAGAGGAACAACGCAGACGUGCUUUAGUUGAGGCUCAAUAUCAGCAUGAACUUGCCCUGAGAAAGAAGAGACUUCAGCAGGAGAAGGCCCGUCAACAAGCGUUAAGACAAUAUUAUGAAGAGCAGCAGCGGGAACGGGAGCGUAAGGCCGCCCAGCUUUAUUACCAACAACAACCAGCAUUCUCUUUUGUUACUCCUUUCUGGAACCACCCUCAGUAUCAAGAGGAGUCCACAGAUGAAGAUGUAGAGGAUCCUGACGUUUCGGUACCUUCAGAUGAUUACGAGGAUUUGUAUUCCAGGGCAGCCAAGUGUUCCACUUCGUGUGUCCCUAGUCCUGCCAAUGACUUACCUAAUGCCAAACCAACGGAGAAUGUCAAGAAGCCUGUUUCCUCCGAUUCCAUGGACAUCGACGACUUUGUAUCUAAUAUCUUCACUCACUUCCUUGGUAGAGGAGAACCAGCAAAUGCAGCCGAAAAUACGACUGAAUUUGAGUCAAAGGAGUCUUUGCAAAAUCAAGAGCAAGCGUCAGAGAAGCAGCAAGGUGAACAAUCGAAUAAGGCAGAUUCAGACGAGUCAGAACCGGUACUUGAAGUUUCGGAAGAAGAGAGAGCAUCCACAAUCAAGGCCAAACUCAAUGAGAUAAGCUCUAAGCUUUCCACCGCAGUGGAGACCUAUGAGCGUCUAUUCAACUCAGAAACUUCCGAUAAUGAACCCGAUCAUCCCGACAACGCUAAGGCAUAUCUCUCUAGAAUCAAAAUCUUGCAAAAAACUCAAAUGCAAUUGGAAAAGCUGUACACUGAACUUGAUGGCAUUCGACAAGUGCCAAAAGACUUGAAGAAGUUGAAGCAUGACCUCACAAGCAAAUCAGUUACUGUUGCUGACAAGGUUGAUGAUUUGAUUCGGGUGUUGGAAGAACAUCGCACAGAGCUGUUGGAAAAGGAGUUGAGAGAAUCUGAAGAGGGAUCAAGUGGCUCUGAUACUGAAAGUGCUUCUGAUAUAUCUGACACUGAUCAUGAGGAACAGCUGAGUGAUUCUUCUGAAACUAGCCAACCAAAGAGGGAACAAGAAGAACGUCAACCAAAAGCCAAGAAAAUCCGAAGAGUGGUAAUUGAAACUGUUCCUGAUGAUGAUAGCUUCUAA